CUGAAUCUUCUACCCUUCCUCCUUAAGCAGGUUUAUCAAUUUUUAUUAAAAUGGCUCAGCUCCUGAACAGCAUACUCACUGUGAUCAAGGUGUUCCAGAAAUAUGCCAAAGAGAAUGGGAAAUGUACCUUGCUUUGCAAAAAAGAGUUGAAGCAGCUGCUCUUGGCCGAGUUUGGAGAUAUCCUCCAGAGACCAAAUGACCCAGACACAGUGGAAACCAUCCUGAGCCUCUUGGAUAAAGACAGAAAUGGACAUGUUGAUUUUCACGAAUAUCUCUUGUUGGUGUUCCAAUUGGCUCAAGCUUGCUAUCAUAAACUGGAUAGUAAGUCAUGUGGAGAUAGAAUCUCCCAGCAAGAAGUGGAGCAGGAGGGAACACAAGACCAUAGGUUUCCAGAAAAUACAGGCAGGCAACACAGGCAGAGGCAUGAUGGAGAAAAGCAGGUCUCCCACUGCCCUCAGUCUGAGAGACAAAACCAGGAUGCCCACCAGGAUCAGUCAGAGAGACAGGAUAGGGAUUCCCACUAUGGUCAGUCUGAGAGACAGGAUAGGGACUCCCACUGUGGUCAGUCUGAGAGACAGGAUAGGAACUCCCACUAUGGUCAGACUGAGAGACAGGAUAGGGACUCCCACUAUGAUCAGUCAGAGAGACAGGAUAGGGACUCCCACUAUGAUCAGUCAGAGAGACAGGAUAGGGACUCCCACUAUGAUCAGGACUUCUGCUAUGGUCACUCUGAGAGACAGGAUAGGGACUCCUGCAAUAGUCAGUCUGAGAGACAGGAUAGGGACUCCCACUAUGGUCAAAGAUGGAGACAUAAAUCUAGCAGUAGCCAGCCUAAAAGACAAGGAUAUAUUUUUGCCUUAAGUCAGUAUGACAAACAAGUUCACAAUUCUCGUUAUGGCCAGAAAAACCAACAGCAAUCAGGCUCUUAUCGUGGACAGUCUCAGAGGCUGGAUCAGGAAUCAGGCUAUGGUCAGAGAGAUAGACAAGAAUUGUACUUUCAAUAUGGCCAGACAGACAGACAAGACCAGCAUUCUCACUAUGGCCAGAGAGACAGACAAGUCCAGAGUUCCCACAAUGGUCAGUCAGACAGACAAGGCCAGAGUUCUCACUAUGGCCAGGCAGACAGACAAGGCCAGAGUUCCCACUAUGGUCAGUCAGACAGACAGGGCCAGGGUUCUCACUAUGGCCAGGCAGACAGACAAGGCCAGAGUUCCCACAAUGGUCAGUCAAACAGACAAGGCCAGAGUUCUCACUAUGGCCAGACAGACAGACAAGGCCAGAGUUCCCACUAUGGUCAGUCAGACAGACAAGGCCAGAGUUCUCACUAUGGUCAGACAGACAGACAGGGCCAGGGUUCUCACUAUGGCCAGGCAGACAGACAAGGCCAGAGUUCCCACAAUGGUCAGUCAAACAGACAAGGCCAGAGUUCUCACUAUGGCCAGACAGACAGACAAGGCCAGAGUUCCCACUAUGGUCAGUCAGAUAGACAAGGCCAGAGUUCUCAUUAUGGUCAGACAGACAGACAGGGCCAGGGUUCUCACUAUGGCCAGGCAGACAGACAAGGCCAGAGUUCCCACUAUGGUCAGUCAGACAGACAAGGCCAGAGUUCUCACUAUGGUCAGACAGACAGACAGGGCCAGGGUUCUCACUAUGGCCAGGCAGACAGACAAGGCCAGAGUUCCCACAAUGGUCAGUCAAACAGACAAGGCCAGAGUUCUCACUAUGGCCAGACAGACAGACAAGGCCAGAGUUCCCACUAUGGUCAGUCAGAUAGACAAGGCCAGAGUUCUCAUUAUGGUCAGACAGACAGACAGGGCCAGGGUUCUCACUAUGGCCAGGCAGACAGACAAGGCCAGAGUUUUCAGUGUAGCCAGACAGACAGACAAGGCCAGAUUUUCCAGUAUGGCCAGAGGGACAGACAAGCCCCAGGUUCUCAGUGUAGCCAGACAGACAGACAAGGCCAGAAUUUCCAUUAUGGCCAGGCAGACAGACAAGGCCAGAGUUCUCACUAUGGCCAGAGAGACAGACAAGGCCAGAGUUCUCACUAUGGGCAGACAGACCGACAAGGCCAGAGUUCUCAGUGUAGUCAGACAGACAGAGAAAGCCAGAGUUUCCAGUAUGGCCAGAGAGACAGAUAUGCCCUAGGUUCUCAGUGCAGCCAGACAGACAGACCAGGCCAGAGUUCUCACUAUGACCAGACAGAUGGACAAGGCCAGAGUUCUCACUAUGGCCAGACAGACAGACAAGACCAGAGUUCCCACUAUGGCCAGACAGACAGACCAGGCCAGAAUUCUCCCUAUGGUCAGACAGACAGACCAGGCCUAGGUUCUCAGUACAGUCAGAUAGACAGACAAGGCCAGAGUUCCCACUAUGGUCAGACAGAGAGACAAGGCCAGAGUUGCCGUUAUGGCCAGACAGAGAGACAAGACCUCAGCUCUCACUAUGGUCAGGUGGACAGACAAGACCAAGGUUAUCAUUAUAACCAGUCAGACAGACAAGGCCUGAGCUCUUGUUAUGGCUGGACAGACAGACAAGGCCAGGGUUAUCAUUAUGGUCAGACAGACAGACAAAGCCUGAGCUCUCACUAUUGUCAGUCAGCGAUUGGGGUAACAGGGCAAAAUAGUUACCUCCAAGGCAGUGAGGGAACAACCAGAGACUCUUAUGUUGAGCAAUCAGGAAGGUCAGGGAGACUAAGUCAAAAGACUCAAGGACAGGAAGUAAUUCAAAAUCAAGGGCAGAGAUUCCAGUCUAGGGAAGGCCAACAGAACAGCCAUCGGGCAUGGGAGCCUGAGGAGGAUAGCCAACACGACCAACACAAACUCAUAGCAGAAAUCCAGCAAGAAAAAUCACACAAUUACAAAGGAGGUGACUGGCAGUCAGUUAGUGGCGAGCAGGACCAAAGACAGUCCCAGGCCAGGCAAAGUCAUGGAGAGGGGCAGAGCCACCAGGCAGAGGAAGAGCAGGGCCACCAAACCUGGGGCAGACAUGGUUGUGAGAGUCAAGAAACUCCAUGGGAGACGCAGGCCCAGCAAACCCAUGAAGAAAAACAAAACCAUCAGAGACAGGACAGGCAAACCCUUCAUGAUGAGCAGACCCAUAAGAGAUGGGACAGGCAGACCCAUGAAGAUGAGCAGAUCCAUCAACGACAAGACAGGCAAACCUAUGAAGAUGAGCAGACCUGCCAGGGACAAAAGAGGCAAACCCAUGAAGAUGAACAGACCCGCCAGCGACGAGACAGGCAAACCCAUGAAGAGAGUCAAAACUGUCAACAACAAUGGGAUAGGCAAACCCUUGAGGAGGAAGAAAGAUAUCAAGGAUCCCAGGAUCAACAAUCUUAUGAGAACCAGCAAGGCUGUGCUAACAGAGAAAAAUUCCACAUGAAUGAAAAUAGCCAGAAGCAAGGUUCCCAGGGAAGACACAGUAACCUGACCUUCCAUCCCACCCAGACUGGUGGGAGGCCCCCAAGGAGAGAACAAGGUAGAAGUCACCCUACCAAAGCAGCUCCUACUCCCAAUCCCCUCUAUGACUAUGUACAAGAGCAGAAAAGGAAUCAGCACUAG